AUGGUGUCCCUGCAUUGCAUGAAUACCAGACACAAUCUUAAAGACUUAAAUUCAGAUCUGUUUAUCCUUUUAAGAGACAGCUUUGCUGGGGCCAUUCAGUUUGUAAUACAUGAACAAUCUGGAAACACAUGCCAUCAACAUAUUCGACUCUGCAUGAUGCAAACAUUACUAAAGUAUGAUCAUAUGAAAGAUGAAAGGGACAAGAAGGCUGAGCCCAAGGUUGUGGUCCAGGGCCCAGACAUGGUCCCUGAAUGGUCCCAGCUUACCAGUGUUGGCUUGAUGUGCACUCCACAGAGUUUCAGGGAGGGCGCCGCGCCGCCCGCAACCGGAGAUGCAGCGCUGCACGCGCCGCCGCCGCCGCCUCCCGUAGGGGCCAGCCCGGGACCCGGUAGCAAAGCGGCGGCCGGAGCUACGCAGGGGACUCGGCUCGCCCGCCCGCUUGCUCGUGCACCGCCGCUGCAGCGGGGUCCCCCCGCACCCCCAGUCCGCAUGGCCCGCCUGCUGCACGCCGACGACUGGGCGGGUGCCAAGGCGAUGGGGGCCCGGCGCCCUCCGGAGCCGCCGGCCCUCUGCCCGGCCGAGCUGGCGCUGCUAGACGGCGGCGACCCGCGGGGCUGGCUGGCGCCCGCGUUGCAAGGCCUAUGCUCUGGCCCCGACGCCGCGGCCCGGGAGCAGCCGGGGGGCGCCGGGGGCGCCCCGGGAUCCGGGCGGCAGCGCCCCCAGACAGGCCGGCCGGCGCAGGGGGUGCAGCGGCAGCGGCGGCUGGCGGCCAACGCGCGGGAGCGGCGCCGCAUGCAUGGCCUGAACCACGCCUUCGACCAGCUGCGCAAUGUCAUCCCCUCCUUCAACAACGACAAGAAGUUGUCCAAGUACGAGACGCUGCAGAUGGCGCAGAUCUACAUCAACGCGCUGUCCGAGCUGCUGCAGGCGCCCGAGCCCCCCGCCGCCGCUGCCGCUGCCGCCGCCGCGGAGCCCAAGGCUGAGCCGCGCCCCCUCCUCCGCACAGCCCUCCAGGAUGCCGCGCCCGCUGUGCCCGCCGUGGGGAGCGCGCCCCGGGGAAGCCCCGCCUCAGCCGUCACGGCAGCCCCUACAGCAACUGCCCGGACUCGCUUUCCCCCCGGCCCGGCCCCAGGAGGCUUCGCGGGGCCCCUGGACGGUCUGCGCUUCUCGACCUUUGACGGGAGCUCCUUGGCCGCCGUGGGGGCGCCCCCCGGGGGGCUUCUGCCCCCGGCGCCCGACGACGCCAGCAAGACGUCCCCCCGCUCUCACCGCAGCGACGGCGAAUUUUCCCCGCGCUCGCACUACAGCGACUCGGACGAGGCCACCUAGCAGGGCGGGGGACCCCAGAAGCCCCGGGCGGG